UUGUGUUUUGUGUUUACAUUUGUGUUUUGUGUUGUGUCACAGAAUAAAUAACCAUAUUUGUGGUUGUGUGUUGUGUGUUUGCUUUUCAUUAUAUUUUAUUGCAAUACAUAAGAUUUAAUAAGAUCAAGUGUAAAAAUGGAAGCAAAAGAAGAAAUUAACGAGGAAGAGGAAACGUGUAAAAUAGAAAUAGAGUAUAAUCACUUGGAUGAUACUGUUUUUAAUGGUUUUAAAUAUGAUAUUGAGGAUGAAUACAAAAGGGAAAGUACUCAUGACACACAUGGUUCUUUAGACUUAGAUAAAUUUCCCAUAAAUACUGAAAUAGAAGCACAUGAAGAAAACCAAAAAAUUGAAAAAGAUCAUUUCCAAGAGAACAAGAUGGCCGGUAUAGAGACAAAUAGCCAACAUUCAUAUAACGAAGAAAAUUCUAUGAAUCCACAUGCUGAAGGAAAAACAUUAAAUAAAAAGAAGAAAGUUUUGACUGGAAAAAUACGUUAUAAAUGUGAAAUUUGUUCAAAACAGUUUAUAUGUACAAGUGCUUUGACAAGACAUUCGAGAGUACAUACAGGACAAAAACCACACAAGUGUGAAAUUUGUUUUAAGCAAUUUAGUCAACCAAGUCAUUUGAAAAGACAUUUGAGAGUGCACACUGGAGAAACACCUUAUCAGUGUGCAAUUUGUUUAAAUCGGUUUUCUCGAAAAGAUCGAUUAGCGUCUCACAUUGCAGAUCACACCGGAAACAAAUGUUACAAGUGUGAAAUUUGUUUUAAGCAGUUUAAUUCACCAUAUCAAUUAAAACUGCAUUUAAGAGUACAUACUGGAGAAAAACCGUAUAAGUGUGAAAUUUGUUUUAAGGGAUUUAGCGUAGCAGGUAAUUUGAAAAUGCAUUUGAGAAAGCACAGUGGAGAAAAACCUCACAAGUGUGAGAUUUGUUUUAAGCAAUUUGGUACAGCAUUUAGUUUAAAAACACAUUUAAGAGUUCAUACUGGAGAAAAACCAUUUAAGUGUGAAAUUUGUUUUAAGCAAUUUAGUAGAUCAAGUAAUUUACAAGCACAUUCGAGUGUGCAUACUGAAGAAAAACCUCACAUGUGUGAAAUUUGUUUUAAGCAAUUUAGUAGAGCCGAUAAGUUGAAAAAUCAUUUGAAAGUGCACACUGGAGAAAAACCUCACAAGUGUGAAAUUUGUUUUAAGCAAUUUAAGGAAGCAUCUGGUUUAAAAUUACAUUUGAGAGUGCACACUGGAGAAAAACCUCACAAGUGUGAAAUUUGUGAUAAACAAUUUAGUCAAGCAGUAAAUUUGAAAACACAUUUGAAAGUGCACACUGGGGAAAAACCUCACAAGUGUGACAUUUGUGAUAAGCAGUUUAGUGAAUCAGGUAGUUUAAAAACACAUUUGAGAGUGCACACUGGAGAAAAACCUUACAAGUGUGAAUUUUGUGAUAAACAAUUUAGUGAGUCAGGUAGUUUAAAAAAACACUUAAUAGUGCAUACAGGUGAAAAACCUCAUAAGUGUGAAAUUUGUUCAGAUCGGUUUGCUGCAAAAUAUCAAUUAACUUUUCACAUGACAGUUCACACUGGAGAAGAACUUCACAAGUGUGAAAUUUGUUUUAAGCAAUUUAGUAGAGCAGGUGCUUUAGCAAGACAUUUGAUAGUGCACACUGGGGAAAAACCUCACAAGUGUGAAAUUUGUUUUAAGCAAUUUUCUAUGAAAGGUCACUUGAAAUCCCAUAUGAUAUUUCACUCGGGGGAAAAAUCUCACAAGUGUGAAAUUUGUUUGAAACAAUUUAGUACAACAAGUACUUUGAAAUCUCAUUUGCGAGUUCACACAGGGGAAAAACCUCACAAGUGUGAAAUUUGUUUUAAGCAAUUUCGUCUAUCAGGCACUUUAAAAACACAUUUAAGAGUGCAUACAGGAGAAAAACCUUAUAAGUGCGAAAUUUGUUUUAAGCAAUUCAGUGAAUUAGGUACUUUAAGAAAACAUUUGAGACUGCAUACAGGAGAAAAACCUCACAAGUGUGAAUUUUGUUUUAAGCAAUUUAGACAAGCAGGUGCUUUAACAGCGCAUUUAAGGAUACACACUGGAGAAACACCUUAUCAGUGUGAAGUUUGUUCAAAACAAUUUGCUCAAAAAGUUCAUUUAACUGCUCACAUGACAGUUCACACCGGAGAAGCACUUAACAAGUGUGAAAUUUGUUCUAAACAAUUUCUUACACCAUGUAAUCUGAAAACACAUUUAAGUGUGCACACUGGGGAGAAACCUUAUCGGUGUGACAUUUGUUCAAAACGGUUUGCUCGAAAAGGUCAAUUAGCUGGUCACAUUGCAGUUCACACUGGAGAAAAACCUCACAAGUGUAAAAUUUGUUCAAAACAGUCCCGUACUGCUGGUGAUUUCAAAAAACACCUAAGAACACACACUGGAGAAAAACCUCACAGUGUGAAAUUUGUUUUAAGCAAUUUGGUGAAUUAGGUACGUUAAAACAACAUUUGAGUGUGCACACGGGGAAAAACCUCACAAGUGUGAAAUUUGUUUUAAGCAAUUUAGAGAUGCAAGUAAUUUGAGAAGACAUUUAAGAACACAUACUAGAGAAAAACGUUAGAAGUGCUAUAUUUGAGAAGCAACUGAGCAAAACGCACUGACUCCAAAAUAUAGUCUUUUUACUACAAAAGCAAGAUUACGUAGAUCAAAAUUUCUGACUUAAGAACACUGUCAAAACAUUAGAAUGUGAAAUAUUACUUGUCAGAGAUAUUUUUCGUUUUUUGUUUUUACUAUAAAAAUAAUAUGUAUCUGCACUAGGUUCGCUUUCAAGAUGCAGUAGAAAUAAACAAACCAAGACACGUUAAAUGCCACUAGGAGCAC